UUUUGAGUUUAUAUAAAUUAGAGCUUUGUUUCUAUUUUGUUUUUCAUAGCUGGUCACCUGUUUAUCACUUUUCUUAUACUUUCUUGUGUGAAAUUUUUACUCUAUUCGUAAAUUCAUCAAUUUUUAUGUUUUCGAUUAUUUAACAAUAAAUAUUUUCUCAAUAGGCAAUCGCGUCCACGUGAUUUUAUUCAAAAAUACAUAAUUCAGAUUUUUAAAUUUAUUAAAUUAAUUUUUAGUUAGAUUAAUGCAUUAAUUAUAUUUCCGAUAGAAAAUGGAUAAACAACAUAGUAGUUAUUGUCCUCCUAGUACAACAUUUGGAAGUCUUAUUGCUAAUGGUAGUAGUGAAUUUUCAGAAGCAAACACUUUCCACCAACGACAUUUGGAUCAACAACCAUUAUCAGGCAGCUUUGUUAAUUACAAUCCGCAAAAUUCUAUGGGAUUAAUGGCUGAAACAUCGUCUAAUCCUAUUUCUCAACAAAAUGGACAUUUCCAAGAAGGAUGUGUUCGAGGGGCCAAUACCUCAUUGCCACCUCCUCAGCCAUACCAAAAUCCUUCGACAAUAAAACCAAAUCUUCCACCUUCAUAUAGUUCUGCGACAACCGGUUUUCCUUCGCUUCCACCGCAAAAUGCAAAACCAUACAAUCCAUUUGGAUACGUCAAGGAUACCACAAACGCUUUUGACAUGUCUCCACUUCUUUAUGAGACUGGUAUUGACAAUAACACUCGACAUACAGGCCCGUCAAUGAAUGGAGCAAUGAAUGAAGAUUUUCUUGGUGACUUUGUACCUACUGAAUUGCAGCAAGCUGUAUCGGAUCGUUAUGUUCUUUCUAAUGAAUUGAAAGAGCGAAUUGAUGGUUCUUCUAAAAAACAGGCUCUUUUCGAGAUUAUAAUCGGCCUUGAGGAAGUUGCUUUUGGUCUACCAACAUAUUUUAAUACUUGGGCAACCGAAAUACGAGACCGAAUGGUUGGUAGAGAUCCGCUUCCUGAACCGGAUUUGCGUAUUGCUUCAGAAAUUCUUAUUGAAAUGGCUGUUGUUUUAGACGAAAGUCAAUAUAAUUAUUCUUGUUUGUGUCAAUUCCUCGACAAAAACAUUGAAAACUUUAGCCAAAAUAUAUUGCUUUCGCAAUUAGCUUUGUUCAUUAACGAUACACAAUCUUCACUUUCCUUACAACAUUGUUGCAAUUUGGUUACCUUUUUGGCUGAACUUUACGAUAAAAUUGAGGUCAAUGGAGUGAAAUCUUCACAAUUAGCUGCCCAUCUUUUUGACCAAUUACAUGGGUUGUUGAAACUACCAUCUGACAAUCAGGGAAUUGGUGUUAUCGUUAAAAUACUUAAACUGACUGGCCGUUUUUUGGAGAAUGACCGUGGAUCUGAAGCUAUGAAUGCAUUCAUGAUAGAUUUGAACGAAUGUGCUGCGUCGUGUAAUGACCUUACAAAAUUGAAAGUUCGAAAUCUUCUCGAGUUACGCGCCAAACAUUGGGGGAUUGUUUCCGAGACUGCUCGAGCAGGUGAUAUUAGCAAUGAUGCUUAUCCAGCUGUAGGACUUUUGGGUCCAGAUGGGGAACAUUUAAUUCCUGAUGACGAUUGUGCCUUUUUGGACGAAAAUUUCGACACUUUUGGAAAUUCUCCUUCUGGUUCACUGUACAACAAUCCAAUCGAGGAAGACAAUGUUGAAGAUGAAUAUGAUAAAUUUCUGCAAGCCACUGCAGAACGUACAGCGGAGAGGGCUCUUGUUUCUUUUGAUGAAGAUGAUGAAAGUAUUGUCUCUUCGCCUGCGUUUAUGUCGAAGCAGGGCAAUGAGAAAAUGUCUUAA